AUAGUGUCACUGCUUUGCAUUGAAGACACAACGAUGCCAAAGAAAGCAAAGCGUGCCGGGAGUGGGAAGGAAGAGGAGCCUGUUCCCUGUAAGCAGGUGAAGGUGGAGACAGCUGAUGUGCCGUCCCCUCUGAACUUUGACAGUCCUAGUGACCUCUUUGAAAGUUUAAUCUCACCCAUCAAGAUAGAAACUUUUUUCAAGGAAUUCUGGGAGCAGAAACCCCUUCUCAUACAGAGAAAUGAUCCUGCAGUGACCACAUAUUACCAAUCCUUGUUCAGGCUGACAGAUCUGAAGAGUCUGUGCAGCCAGGGCAUGUACUAUGGGAGAGACCUAAACGUCUGCCGGUGUGUCAAUGGAAAGAAGAAGGUUUUAAAUAAGGAUGGCAAAGCACACUUUCUUCAGCUGAGAAAAGAUUUUGAUCAGAAAAGAGCAACAAUUCAGUUUCACCAACCUCAGAGAUUUAAGGAUGAACUUUGGAGGAUCCAGGAGAAGCUGGAAUGCUACUUUGGCUCGUUGGUUGGCUCAAAUGUGUAUAUCACUCCCUCAGGGUCGCAGGGGUUACCACCCCAUUAUGAUGAUGUAGAGGUUUUCAUCCUGCAGCUGGAAGGAGAGAAACACUGGCGCCUCUAUCGUCCAACCGUGCCCCUGGCUCGAGAGUAUAGUGUGGAGGCCGAGGACAAAAUUGGGAAGCCAACACAUGAGUUCACAUUGAAGCCAGGUGAUUUGCUCUACUUUCCCAGAGGGACCAUUCACCAAGCAGACACUCCUCCAGGACUGGCCCACUCUACUCAUGUGACCAUCAGCACCUAUCAGAACAGUUCAUGGGGAGAUUUCCUUUUGGAUACCAUUCCUGGGCUUGUGUUUGACACUGCAAAGGAAGACAUAGAGCUACGUGCUGGCUUACCUCGGCAGCUGCUUUUGCAGGUGGAAAGCAAAACUCUUAGAACAAGAUUAGGUGGGUUUCUGAGGAUGAUUGCAGAUCGGCUGGAGGGCACCCAAGAGCUGCUUUCAUCGGACAUGAAGAAGGAUUUUGUAACGAAUAGACUACCACCUUACCAUGAUGGAGACAGAGCAGAGCUUUUCACACCAGGUGGAUCAUUACCACGGUUGGACAGCACUGUGAGAUUACAGUUUAAAGAGCACAUGGUCCUCACAGUAGGGCCAGAUCAGGAUCAAUCUGAUGAAGCUCAAGAAAAAAUGGUUUAUAUCUAUCACUCCUUAAGAAAUAGCAGAGACACACACAUGAUGGGGAAUGAGGAUCCGGAGUCUCAUGGACUUCGCUUUCCUUUAUCACAUAUGGAUGCACUGAAGCAAAUUUGGAACAGUUCAGCUAUUUCUGUCAAGGACCUGAAACUUCCUACAGAUGAGGAAAAGGAGAGCCUAGUAUUAUCCCUCUGGACGGAAUGUUUACUCCAAGUAGUCUAG